AUGCUCUGUUUUAUAAUAAACAAUAAACAAUAUAUAUAUAUAUAUAUAUAUAUAUAUAUUUUCCGUUUCUUUCUUUCUUUCUUUCUUUUCUUUUUUUUCUUUCUUUCCUUUCUUUUCUUUCUUUUUUCUUUCUUUCUUUCUUUUCUUUUUUUCUUUCUAUUUUUUUCUUUCUUUUUCUUUCUUUCUUUCUUUCUUUUCUUUUUUUCUUUCAUUUUCUUUUUUCUUUCUUUCUUUCUUCUUUCUUUCUUUUCUUUUCUUUUUUUUUUCUUUCUUCCCACCACUUUCUUUUUUCUUUUUUUUUUUCUUUUUCUUUCUUUCUUUCCCGCCAGCUUUCUUUUCUUUCUUUCUUUCUUUCUUUUCUUUCCUUUUCUUUCUUUUCUUUCUUUCUUUCUUCCACUUUUCUUUCUUUUUUUUUUCUUUCCUUCUUUCUUUCUUUCUUUCUUUCUUUCUUUUUUCUUUUCUUUUCUUUCUUUCUUUCUUUCUUUCUUCCUCUUUCUUUCUUUUCUUUCUUUCCGCCUCUUUCUUUCUUUUUUCUUUCUUUCUUUCUUUCCUUUUUCUUUUUCCACUUUUUCUUUUCUUUUUUUUCCCCUUUCUUUCUUUCUUUCUUUUUUCUUUCUUUCUUUGUUUCAAUUUUUCUUUCUUUUCUUUUUUUUUUCCCUCUUUCUUUCUUUCUUUUUUUCUUUUCUUUUGCUUUCCCUCUUUCUUUCUUCUUUUCUUUCUUUCUUUUUCACCUUUUCUUUUAUUACGCCAUCUUUCCUUUCUUUUUUCUUUCUUUCUCCCUUUCUUUUUCUUUCCCUUUUCUUUUCUUUCUUUUCUUCUUUCUUUUUUCUUUCUUUCUUUCUUUUUUUUCUUUCCGCCACUUUUCUUUUCUUUCUUUCUUUUCUUUUUCUUCCCUCGUUUUUUCUUUUCUUUUCUUUCCGUCUUUCUCAAUUUUUUCUUUCCUUUUACCUUUCUUUCUUUCUUUUUUUUUCUUUCUUUCCGCCCACUUUUUUUCUUUUCUUUCUUUCUUUCUUUCUUUUUUUUUUUCUUUCUUCCUAUCUUUCUUUUUUUUCUUUCUUUCCCCCACUCUUUCUUUCUUUCUUUUUUCUUUCUUUCUUUUCUUUCUUUUUUUCUUUCUUUCUUUCUUUCUUUUUCUUUCUUUCUUUCUUUCUUUUUUCUUUCUUUUCUUUCUUUUUCUUUCUUUCCGUAUUCUUUUUCUUUUCUUUCUUUCUUUCUUUUUUCUUUCCGCCUAUUUUCUUUCUUUCUUUCUUUCUUUUCUUUUCUUUAUUUUUUUUUUUCUUUCAUUCUUUCCGCUUUUCUUUUCUUUUCUCUUUCUUUCUUUCUUUUCUUUUUUCUUUCUUUCUUUCCAUCUUUCUUUCCUUUUUUUCUUUCUUUCUUUCUUUCUUUCUUUUAUUUUCUUUCUUUCUUUCUUUCUUUUCCGCCACUUUUUUCUUUCUUUUUUCUUUCUUUUCUUCCUUUCUUUCUUUCUUUCUUUCUUUCCCUUUCUUCCACUCUUUCUUUUAUUUCUUUCUUUCUUCCACUUUUUCUUUUUUUUCUUUUACUUUUCUUUUCUUUUUUCUUUCUUUCUUUUUUUUUCUUUCCGCCCUCCAUUUUUUUUCUUUCUCUUCCUUUCUUUCUUUUCUUUUCUUUUUUCCGCCCUCUUUUUUCACUUUCUUUCUUUCUUUCUUUUUUCUUUCCUUUUUCUUUCUUUCUUUCUUUCUUUCUUUUUUUUACUUUUUUUUUUCUUUCUUUUUUCUUUUUUCUUUCUUUCUUUUCCGUAACUCUUUCUUUCUUUCUUUUAUUUUUUAUUUUUUUUUCUUUUUCUUUCUUUCUUUCCGCCACUUUUCUUUUUUCUUUUUCUUUCUUUUUCUUUCUUUCCUUCUUUUCUUUUUUCUUUUUUUCUUUUUUUUUUUUUUCUUUUUCCGCCACUCUUUCUUUUUUUUUCUUUUCUUUCUUUUCUUUCUUUCUUUCUUUCUCUUUCUUUCUUUUCUUUCUUUCUUUCUUUCUUUCUUUUUUUCUUUUUUCUUUCUUCCUUUCUUUUUCUUUCUUUCUUUCUUUUUCUUUCUUUUUUCUUUUCUUUCUUUCUUUCUUUCAUUUUCCUUUUUUCCUUUUUUUUCUUUUCCUUUCUUUCCAUUUUCUUUCUUUCUUUUUCUCUUUCUUUCUUUCUUUUCUUUUCCUUUCCUUCAUUUCUUUCUUUUUUCUUUCUUUCUUUCCGUAACUUUUUCUUUCUUUUCUUUUCUUAUAUUUUCUUCUUUUUCUUUUUCCGCCACUUUCUUUCUUUCUUUUUUUUCUUUCUUUUUUUCUUUCCGUCUCUUUUUUUUCUUUCUUCUUUUUUCUUUUUCUUUCUUUCUUUCUUCCCUUUUCUUUUUUUCUUUCUUUCCGCCACUUUUCUUUUUUUUUCUUUUUCUUUCCGCCCUCUUUCUUUCUUUUUAUUUCUUUCUUUUUUCCUUUCUUUCUUUUUCUCUUUCUUUCUGUUUUUUUUUUUCAUUUUCUUUCUUUUCCGCCACUCUUUCUUUCUUUUCUUUCUUUCUUUUCUUUCUUUUUCUUUUUUCUUUUUUUUUUUUCUUUCUUUCGCCACUCUUUCUUUCUUUCUUUUUUCUUUCUUUUUUUUCUUUCUUUCUUUCCUAUUUUCUUUUCUUUUCUUUCUUUUCUUUCUUUUUCUUUCCCCCCUCUUUCUUUUUCUUUCUUUUUUUCUUUCUUUCUUUCUUUCCUCUUUUCUUUCUUUUCUUUCUUUUUUUUCUUUUUCCAUCUUUCUUUCUUUCUUUCUUUCUUUUCUUUCCCUUUUUUCUUUCUUUCUUUCUUUCUUUUCUUUCUUUAUUUCUUUCUUUCUUUCUUCACAUUUAUAAAUUUCUUUCUUUCUUUCUCUUUUCUUCCUCUUUCUUUUUUUUUUUCUUUUUCCGCCACUCUUUCUUUCUUUUCUUUCUUUUCUUUCUUUCUUUCUUCCUAUCUUUCUUUCUUUUUCCCUUUCCGCUCAUUUUUCUUUCUUUUCUUUUUUUCUUUCUUUUUUUCUUUUUUUCUUUCUUUCCUUUUUUUUCUUUCUUUCUUUCCGCCCUCUUUUCUUUCUUUCUUUCUUUCUUUUUUUUCUUUCUUUCCGCCCUCCUUUCUUUCUUUUUUCUUUCUUUUUUUCUUCUUUUCUUUCCGCCACUUUUCUUUCUUUCUUUCUUUCUUUUUCAUUUCUUUCUUUUCUUUCUUUUUCUUUCUUUCUUUUCUUUCUUUCUUUCUUUCUUUUCUUUCCUUUCUUUCAUUCUUUCUUUCUUUCUUUCCGCCUUUUCUUUCUUUCUUUCUUUUUUCUUUCUUUCUUUUUUCUUUCUUUCCUUUCUUUCUUUCUUUCUUUUUUCUUUUCUUUCUUUCUUUCUUUUUUCUAUUUUCUUUUUUUUUUCUUUUUUUCCGCCACUCUUUCUUUUUUCUUUCUUUUUUUUUCCGCCACUCUUUUCUUUCUUUCUUUCUUUCCGCUUUCUCUUUUCUUUCUUUCUUUCUUUUCUUUUUUUUCUUUCUUUCCGCCACUUUUCUUUCUUUUCUUUCUUUCUUUUUUUCUUUCUUUCUUUUUUUCUUUCCGCCACUCUUUCUUUCUUUCUUUUCUUUCUUUCUUUCUUUCUUUUCUUUCUUUCUUUCUUUCUUUCUUUCUUUUCCCUUUCUUUCUUUUUUCUUUCUUUCCGCUUUCUUUCUUUUUUUCUUUCUUUCCCCACUUUUCUUUCUUUUUUCUUUCUUUCUUUCUUUCUCUUUCUUUUCUUUCUUUUUCUUUCUUUCUUUCCUUUGCCUUUCUUUCUUUUUCUUUCUUUCUUUCCGCCUCUUUCUUUUUUUUCUUUCUUUCUUUCCUUUUCCGCCCUCUUUCUUUUUUCUUUCACCCUUUCUUUCUUUCUUUCCCCAUUCUUUUUCUUUCCUUUCUUUUUCCUUUCUUUCUUUCUUUCUCCCCAUUUUCUUUCUUUCUUUCUUUCCUUCUCUUUCUUUCUUUCUUUCUUUCUUUCUUUCUUUCCGCCACUUUUCUUUUUUCUUUCUUUCUUUCUCCGCUUUCUUUUUCUUUCUUUCUUUCUUUCUUUUCUUUCCGCCCUCUUUCUUUUUUCUUUCUUUUUUCCUUCUUUCCAUGAUUCUUUCUUCUUUUGCCUCAUCGUUUUCUUCCUUUCACCCUCUUACUUUCUCCCCAUCUUCUUUUUCCUUCUUUUCUCCUCCUCAUUCUCUAUUUACUGUCUCUUUCUCUCUUUUCGUUUCCGUUUCCCUUCCUCCUCUUCUCUUUCUCUUCCUUUUCUCUUCCUUCCUCUUCACUCCUCUUUCCUCCCUCUUCCCUACACGUGA